AUGAGUAGUUCUUUGAAGCUGCCCAACUUCGAAGUAUUUGGUGAUGGCCAGUUAAGUGAUCCUGAACCAUCUCACACCGAGAAAGGAAUAGAUGGUACUAUUGGGAGUUAUAUGAAAGCAAAUAAAGAUGACACCACGAUAAUUAAUAAACACCUACCUCAUACAGAGAGUCAUGAACACGGGAUUGGGCAGAUCUUGAAUCAAAAUGACCUUGAGGAAUUUGAGAAAACUGAUGAAUUUCAAAAUUCCAAUAGUUUCAUAGAACUAGAAGAAUUUAAUGAAAGCCUCAAGAGAAAUUGGAAUUCUCAAGAACAUUUAGAAAACCAAGAAGGAAAGCUUCUAGAAGGGAACGAGAAGCUUGUUUUACAGAAUCAAAAUAUUGGAUCAGAUUGGGUAUCCACGAAACUUAAAAGUGGUACUAUAAUGAACGUACCGAAGGAAAAACGCACAACUCUUCCAAAGGUUAAACUUGUGGAUGGUGUUUCUAUUGAAGAUGAGUCUAAUAGACUGAAGAAAGUCAUUGAUGGCUUAAAGAUACGAAGAAGUGAAUUAUCAGAAGAACUCGAAAAACUCAAAGUAGAAAGAAGAGAUAACGACAAGAGAAUGGAAGAAUGGGAGGUUGAUCUAAACAAUAUGACAAAAACACCAGAUUUUAAAGUGGCUGAAUAA